AUGAAGACUAAUCUGGAGCUAAUUGCUGCUACGGAUAGGUUUCCGUACGAUGAUGACCAAACUGCUGAGGCAAAAACCUUGCGGGACACGCUAUUCAAGCUGCUCUGGGAAGAUGAAGACGGCCAAUAUGCCAUUGGCUAUGUACCAGACUGGGUUAUCAAUGAGCUAUCCAAAACGCCUGAAGACAUCCGCGGCGAUAUGACUCUGAACAUGGCGGACCGUACUGUCAUGCUCUUCAGGACGCCACAGACAGAAGCGGAGCGUACUCUUGCUGUGGCGAAAUUGACAGGCCAUUGGCAUAAAAAUUGCACGUUCAAGUCUCUCAAGGGCUGGCGUGACGAGCUCUGGCCGGUUUAUGGCCGAACAGGGGAGUUACUCUUCAGCGUGGAGAGGGCCGCCGUCGGUUUGUUUGGCGCCGCUAGAUAUGGAGUGCAUAUGGUUGCUUACGUGGAGGAUGAAACUGCUCCUCAUGGCAUCAAAAUCUGGGUGCCAAAACGGGCAUCCAACAAGUCAACUUUCCCCGGCAUGCUAGACAACACUGUGGCCGGUGGCCUGACAACCGGCGAGGAUCCCUUUGAAUGCAUCAUCCGAGAGGCUGAUGAAGAGGCAAGUCUGCCCGACCACUUGGUUCGUAGCACUGCCAAAUGGGUCGGGAAUGCGACAUACAUCUACAUCACAGAGGCCAAGUUUAUCGGAGAGGACGGCUACAUUUAUCCUGAAUGCCAAUGGGUCUAUGACCUGAAACUACCCGCCGACGUUAUACCCAAGCCAAAGGACGGCGAAGUGGAAGAAUUUCGGCUGCGUGACGUGGAGGAGAUCAAGAAGGACUUGGCGGACGCAAAAUUCAAGCCCAACUGCGCCAUGGUGAUGAUUGACUUCUUCAUUCGUCACGGCAUUCUGACCGAAGCCAACGAGCCCGACUUGGCCUUGAUUAGGGCUAAAAUGACCCGAGAGCUCCCAUUCCCUGGUCCGCACCAGCCCAACUGGGCUGGCCACAUCACCCAGCAGCCAGUUGACGCCAAUUGA